UAUGUAUGAGUGUGUGUGUGUGUGAGAGAGAGAGAGAGGGAGGGGAACGUGAACGAGGGGCGGCAAACAACGGCGGCAGGGAAGGAGGAGAACGCCGCGGCGCGGGCCGGUAGAGCGCGAGGCAGCCUGUCAGGAGGAGCAGCCGCCGCCGCCUGCCGGGUGGAAGGGCAGCCGAGAGAGAGAACGGAGGAGGGCGGGGCGAGAAGUGGGCUCGUGGAAGAGAAGGAGGGCAAGGAAAGGAAAGGAAAGGAAAGGAAGCGAAGGAGGUCGCGUCUGAGGGGGAACGUGAGGGCAGCCAACGAGGGGGGCGGAGCCUCGCUUAUCUAGCCUCCGCAGCCUCCGCCGCCGGUUCGGCUCGUCCGAGCGCUCUGUCUCUCUCGCUCGCGCUCUCUUCCCCCCCCCUUUCCCCCCACUCCCCUCGCUGUGCCCUGUGGCCGGGCGGAGAUGGCGAUGCUGGAUCUGGCCCUGGAAGGACUCGCCGUCUUCGGGCUCACCCUCUUCGUGGUCCUGUGGCUCAUGCACUUCAUGUCCAUCAUCUACACGCACCUACAACUCAACAAGAAAGCAACAGAUAAACAACCAUAUAGCAAGCUUCCAGGUGUUUCACUUUUGAAGCCUUUAAAGGGUGUUGAUCCUAACCUUAUUAACAACUUGGAAACCUUCUUUGAAUUGGAUUAUCCCAAAUAUGAAGUACUUCUUUGUGUGCAAGAUCAUGAUGAUCCUGCCAUUGAUGUGUGUAAAAAGCUGCUUGGAAAAUACCCCAACAUUGAUGCAAGAUUAUUUAUAGGUGGUAAGAAAGUUGGAAUAAAUCCAAAAAUCAACAAUCUGAUGCCAGCAUAUGAAGUUGCCAAAUACGAUCUCAUAUGGAUCUGUGAUAGUGGCAUUAGAGUUAACCCAGAUACACUAACAGAUAUGGCCAAUCAAAUGACUGAAAAAGUGGGUUUGGUUCAUGGCCUGCCUUAUGUAGCAGAUAGACAGGGCUUUGCUGCCACUCUAGAACAGGUAUAUUUUGGUACUUCCCAUCCAAGGACAUACAUUUCUGCCCAUAUAACUGGCUUUAAAUGUGUAACAGGGAUGUCUUGCUUGAUGAGAAAAGAUGUUUUGGACCAAGCUGGAGGACUUAUAGCUUUUGCACAGUAUAUUGCUGAAGAUUACUUUAUGGCUAAAGCAAUAGCUGACAGAGGUUGGAAAUUUCAAAUGGCUUCACAAGUUGCAAUGCAAAACUCUGGCUCUUAUUCAAUUUCACAGUUUCAGUCCAGAAUGAUAAGGUGGGCCAAAUUACGGAUUAACAUGCUUCCAGCCACAAUAAUCUGUGAGCCAAUCUCAGAAUGCUUUGUUGCGAGUUUGAUUAUUGGAUGGGCAGUUCAUCAUAUGUUCAGAUGGGACAUAAUGGUGUUUUUUAUGUGUCAUUGUUUGGCAUGGUUUAUAUUUGACUACAUUCAACUCAGGGCUGUCCAGGGCAGUGCUCUGUGUUUUUCAAAACUUGACUAUGCAGUAGCAUGGUUCAUCAGAGAAUCCAUGACGAUAUACAUUUUCCUCUCAGCUUUGUGGGAUCCUACUAUUAGCUGGAGGACAGGACGCUACAGAUUACGCUGUGGAGGCACUGCAGAAGAGAUCCUUGAUGUAUAGCCACAGCUUUGUGACUGUGUAUUUCAAGAAAAGAGAAAGUAUUACAAAUUAUGUUUAUAUAAAUGCUUUUAAAAGAUCUACCUUCAAUAGUUUUAUUACCUGUAUGUUUUCAUAUCUGUUCUCUAAUUUAUUUUGCAUGGCACUUGCAUCUGUGAAAAACAAACAAACAUCUAUAGUCUUGGCCAAAUGGUACCUUGUUUUUAUGUACAAAAUCAAAUCAAGAGGAUUGGUUCCAGGAUUCAUUUUUCUUAGGAAUGUUCUGCAGCAAGUUCUACAAACAGCAUCUUUCAGUUUAGCAAAAGCUACUCUCUAUUAAUCAAAGGACAUAAUCCACUGGGAAUAAAUUCUGCGUAGGUCCACUGAAAAAUCUAUUGGAUGUAUGCCAAGCACAGCUAUGCGUUUGUCCCAAAUGGUUUUCUGGUCAUUGGACUGCAUCCUCUAAAAGGCUAACAAUGUAAAUACAAGAGUGGUUAGCUUUGGAAAGCACAAGUGGUGGGGCACAAGGAGAGAAGCUUUUUAGAUGAUCUAUGCCUACCUCUUGCAGUUGCUGCAGAGCAAAUAUGAAUAGGUAACUGGGCUUUAGGAAUAGCAAAAUGUGUAUCUCUGUCUGGGUAUAUACAGAUUAAAUUAUUUUGGUCUCUCUGCAGUGAGCCAGAAGUUUGAUGUGGAACGUGGGAAGAAUUAGUGCUUCAAUGGGGGGCAUCUUUUGGCCAACUCUAACUGGUUCUGUCUCGAACCAUUUUAAUCACUGUGCUGUAAUUAGCCUAGCUAAUCUUCUCCAUUCCCAUUCUACUUUUUUAAAGGGGUGUUUUUGUUUCUCUGUAAGUAAACAUUUGAUAGUUAUAGGGAGAGGGGAUGCAUUUCAGAAACAUUUCACAUAUGACCUAUUUUCUUACUGUCUUCUUUAGAAUGUAACUUCAUGAAGCAGGUAUUUAUUAUCUUUUUUUAAAGUGGGCAUCUUUCUGUCUACACUAGUCAUCCUUAAGUAUCAAAUUGCAAUAGAUGUCAGUAUAUUAAAAGGCAAAGUGAAUUUGCUGUUACUGAUUUGAACUUGUAAGCUUUAAUUAUCAACUGGAUCUUCUUUUGGAAUUUUUCCUUCUAAUAAUCUGGUCUUUCAAUUGGGUUUUUGUAUUCAAGCUAUAAUUGCUAAAAGAAAAAAAGACUAGAUAAUAACCAAUUUGUAAAUGCAUGCUAUUUCUCUCUCCCCACCCCCCACCCCUUUUAACUCCGUUUGUUCUCCCACCCAUUAUUGGAUUGCUCUUAACAUGGUGAACUGGACUUGUUUAAAUGUGACUUUGAUCACAAAGCAAAUUGAGAGGGGCACUGCAUUAAGCCUUUUGUUUUCUUUUGUAUUUGUACUUAUGUCGCUUCUCCCCCCCCCAAAAAAAAAUGUGGGCAUGGCAUGUUAUCACCAUAAAGGACAUUUGCAAAAUGCAUUGCCAGUCAGACAGCUUUAAGUCCUAGGUUGCGACACUUCUGUGAUAAAGAGCAUAAUUUGUAGCAUUUUAGCAAUAAUUAUGAGUAUUUAUGGAAUUGGAUGUUUUUCCAAUUUACUGAGCCAGUGCAUUUAAUUGUCUGGUAUACACACAGUGUAAAGUAAUAGGGUGCGUGUUUGAGCACGUACAUUUUUGUGUGCAGACAAAUCCUAUGAAACAUUCCCCAGAGCUUUGUUUGCCUUAUGACAUUACAGAAAUUGUUUUGAAGGGCAUCUUUCCCCUUGAACGAAGGCUUUUAAUGCAUGUUUCAUUCUUUACAUGUGAAUCAGGAAGAGCUGCUUCCUGAGGAAGAUUGCAUAUUGCAAACUAGUCUGGUUAUGAGCCAUUCCAGUUGUGUUUUUAUCAUGUUUCUUGUUAUCACUGAUACCUAGCUUAAUUUUGCUUAUGAUAUUGAUAUAUUUCUGUUUGUUCUAUGAAGUUUGGUUGACGCCAUCCAUUGCACUGUUAAAGUGAAGCUUAGCUGACUUGGCUUGAUGCUGAUCACCAUGUGCAGUGUAAUACAAAAACCAAAAAGGCUGGACAGACUUCAAUGUGUGUAUGUGUGUGCACAUAUGUAUGUGAGAGAGACCUAUGAAGAACUAUGUAAGAGAAGUACGAAUGUGUGUGUGUGUGUGUGUGUAUGUGUGUGUGUGCGCAUUAGUGAAACCUUUAUGAUUUAAAGGAAACUGAUGCUUCACCUUAAUAAACAACUUAAUUUCUUGUAUAAGAAAUCUGGGUUGAUUUUGAAAAAAAACCUUAAAAAUAUUGUAGGAGGGCACUAUGACAGAACAGAGCAACGGUUCAAAAUGCUUAAUCUAGAAUUGUCUGUCAACAUGUUAAGAAUACCAUGUUUAUUUAAGAUUGUCUUGUUUUGUUUAAAAAUAAAUUUUGAAUACAA